AAAAAAUCAUCCAAAGCCGAAAGGGUAGCAACUAGCAAAUAAUUAGCAAUAGCAUAGUCCGACUCUGACGCCACCCUUUCUCUUCUUCCCGCUGCUCUCGGCUCUUUUAAACAUUGCCUUUUACUGUCCAUCCACGUCUCGUAUUUAUGUAUGGACUGACUAUAAUCAAAACCCUACCCUACCACACACUCCUUCUCUUCACCGCACUCUUUCUCCUCUCUCUCUCUCUCUCUCUCGCUUUAAACGCUAAUCUUCAGCUACCAAAAUCAAACAACGGCCCCCACCCCCCAUAUCAAAACUCCAAUUUCCCGCAGCUCAAGAAUUUUCAACUUUUUUCCCUGCUGAUUCCCAAAAUUGAUGCCGACUUCUGUCUCUUACAUGCAACUUUUUUAUUUUUGUGUGUGGAGAUUUCUGAUUGUGCACGCAUAAUUUAGAGAGUGGAGCAGGUUGUGGUAAUUGUCUAUAGUCAAUGGCUAUAUUAGAGGAUUCCGGUGCUGGCCCCUUGUGCACAUGCAAUCAAAGUAAAGUGCUAGCCGAUGGCGAUGAUAAGAAGAAUGUUGCUCGAUGUAUUAAAAAGAUUGAACCAAGGACUCCCGUGCAAGGGAGCCCGCGAUCGAAGAGCUCACAAGGACGGGUUAAUUCAAGGCUUAAAGAGAAAUCCGAUGAUAAAAAGCCUUCCAAUGGGAGUAAGAGAAAGAGGUUAUCAGAUGAUACUAAAGUGCUUUUGGUGGAAGACAUUGGAUGUAGAAGUGAUCUCGAGAUGGGGUGUAACAAUGGCCAUGCUCGAGUCAAUGAUUCUGUAAUGGUGAAAGAGACACUAAGGGUUUUCACUACAUUUUACCUUCGCUUUGUUCAGCCUGUCUAUGCUUGUGCACAGGAAGAGGAGAAGAGAUGCCUUAAGCCUAAGGAUGAUGUGCACUUUUCUAAUGGUUCAGAAAAUAAUAAUGGGAAUGCAUAUGAUGAUCAUGCAAAGAGUCUUACCAAGCGACCUGAUCUGAAGGCUAUUUCUGAGAUGGUGAGGUCAAAUAAAAUUUUGUACCGCAAAAAAAUAGGUCAUCUGCCAGGCAUUAAGGUUGGGCAACAAUUCCUUUCACGGGCUGAAAUGGUGGCUGUAGGUCUUCAUGGAGACUGGUUGAAUGGAAUUGAUUAUAUUGGAGAAACUUGCAAAAUGGAAGAGUACAGGAAGUUUACCUUGCCCGUUGCAGUUUCAAUCAUCUUGUCUGGCCAAUAUGAAGAUGAUGUUGACAAUUCGGAAGUUGUGUACACAGGUCAAGGUGGGAAUGGCUUACUUGGAAAUAAACAUCAAAUUAAGUAUCAAGUUAUGUGUCGUGGUAAUUUGGUUCUUAAGAACAACAUGUAUCAAGAUUUACCUAUUAGAGUGAUUCGUGGACAUAAAUGUGCCGGCAGUUAUACUCACAAAAUUUACACAUAUGAUGGCUUGUACAAGGUUGAUCAUUGUUGGAAUGAGAGAAGUGCUUUUGGAUUUAAUGUUUUUAAGUAUCGUUUACGGCAAAUUGAAGGACAGCCCAAAUUGGUCACAAAUCAGGUAGAUUUUGCUCGGCAGCUAGUCUCUAAAGGUUGUUCUGAAUUAAAUGGAUUGGUGUGUAAGGAUAUCUCCGGCGGUCAAGAAAAUAUACGUAUUCCUGCUACAAAUGUAUGCGAUGUUCUACCUGUUGCACCUUCAGGUUUUAAAUAUAUCAAGUCUAAUCGAGUUGCAAAAAAUGUAAUUAUCCCCCCAAAUGCUCCUGGAUGCAAUUGCAAAGGAAAAUGUACUAAUGCUGAGAAGUGUUCUUGUGCUCGACUAAAUGGCAAUGACUUCCCGUACGUGCACCAUGAUGGUGGCAGAUUAGUUGAACCAAGGGACGUUGUGUUUGAAUGUGGUCCAAGAUGUGGCUGUGGACCUAGUUGCCUAAAUCGUACAUCUCAGCGGGGACUGAAGUACCAACUUGAGGUCUAUCGUACCAAGGAUAAAGGCUGGGCUGUUAGGUCUAGAGACUUGAUUCCUUCUGGUGCACCAGUUUGUGAAUACAUUGGAUUUCUAAGGAAGAGUGAUGAAUUAGACAAUGUCUCAGGGAAUGACUAUAUAUUUGACAUUGAUUGCUGGCAAACAAUGAAUGGGAUAGGAGGGAGAGAGAGGCGAUUACGGGAUGUAUCUAUACCUUCAAGCAAUCACGCUAAGGAAAGAAAUGACCAUAUAUCAGAAACUGGGCCUGAGUUUUGUAUAGAUGCGGGAUUAUAUGGUAAUGUUGCCAGAUUUAUUAAUCAUAGUUGUGAGCCUAACCUCUUUGUUCAGUGUGUUUUGAGUUCCCACCAUGAUGUGAGACUUGCGCGAGUGGUGUUAUUUGCUGCAGAUAACAUUCUUCCUAUGCAGGAGCUCACUUAUGACUAUGGAUACGAACUUGAUAGCGUUACUGGUCCUGAUGGAAAAAUAAAGGAAUUGCCAUGCUACUGUGGUACAGCUGACUGUCGGAAGCGUUUGUACUAGGCGGUUGAAGCUUCUGCAUUGGAUUCUUUCUUGUACUGGUUCCCCACUUCUGAAAAUCCUACCAAAGAUUUCUGUAUAUAAUACCAGGCUCCUUAGUGUGGCAUUUUUUGGCUGAAUGAUGCUACCUUUUUAAAGGAGACAAACACAGUCACAUAAGGAUGGGCUCCCAUCUCCUUUGCCGCGGCCCUGGAAUACAGAGAGCACCAAGAAAAUGGGGAUCCUUCCAUAAAUAAAUUAAAAAAAAAAGAAAAAAAA